CUUGACCAUUCGUGGUCACUUCGCAGUUCCUAGAAAUACUAACCUUCCUAUAAGACGGACGGUUCUGGUUUCCCAUUUAAAGUGGGACUGUCAGGUUCCCACUUAAAAUGGAUGAAUUUCUUGUAAAAGGGUAAAUAGAUUUAAAUAAAACAUCAUAAGUCAUAGUAGCAGGGGUACCGACCUUGUGUCAACCCCGGGGGGUGGGGGGCUGGGGGGCGACACACGUGGUUAAGGGCCCCGGGUGGGGAGCCCUGCAGGCCAGGCUUCAAAAGCUAGGUCUAGCUCGUCCAUGUACAACCUGCAUAGAUCCCCCCCCCCCGGCUUUAUUGAGAUAAUUGACCUAACACUGUAAAUGUAAGGUUUGCAGUGUGGUGAUUUGUUACAGUCCGAAAUAACCACAAUAAAAUAUGUUAGCCUCUGAGGCACCUCGCAUGAUGGGUUUUAGUGUGUGUGCGCUGAGAACUUUAAAGAGCUACUCUUGGCAACUUUUAGGUAUCUGAAACACUGGUGUUGAGUGUGGUCACAUGUACAGCUGAAUAGUAGAUCCCCAGAACUCUCCCUUACCGUUGGAAAUCUGUACGGAUGUCUCCUCAUUUCUUCCAACCGCCAGUCUCUCUCCGCCACUAUGCUGCUGUCUGUUAUGAAUGUAUCGGCUUUCCCGUUAAUGCUGUGCCCUCAGUUAACUUUCUUUACAAACACGUUUGGCCUUUGAGGUUGUAUACCUCCCAUCCCCUUCUCCUGUGUCAGGGUUACUCUCCUUAUCUUUAAACAACAUCUUUAUUGCUUUGACUGCUUUAUAUUAAACAAAUAAUUUUUAGAUCACGCAUGGAAUUUGAACAGCACUUGGGCAGUGAUUUAAAACACACCAUCACAGGGUUAAACUACUUGGAGUUAUUUUAAUCGUCCUUAAAGCAAACAUAGUACAAUUUAAUUUUUAUGGAAGCAGUCUUCAAUUCUAUCUCUUCUGGACUCCAGUGGCACCUAGACUUGUAUAUUACAUUAUAAUACCAGAGGGUUAGUGACGUCAUCAUCUUGAACUCACGGGAUGAAGGAACUGUGUGCAUAAUCUAAGGUUCUCAUUACUGAUCCUUAGCAUUUAAUUAGGUCUUUGUAAAUCUAUGGUACCGGUAGUCAUUUUUAUGAGUUUUCUCAUAACUUCCCUGUGAGAUGUCAACUUUAUUACCCUCACUUUAUCUUAGUAUUAUCAAGAGGUCAGGCGGAUUGAAAUUUCAUUUUUUUCCUGUUUGUAAUUAAGAUUCCUUUUUCUGGAUCAUGUACUUAACUUUAACCCAGAUCUGAUAGAAUGACUGCUCAGAUCAGAUGUGACCCUUCCCCCCCUUCCACCCAGAGGAAAGCAAUUACUAAACCAGGUUUUGAAAGAGCCUUAAAGCAAUUGUGAUUAUCAACAUUGGCCUGAGUGCACAGGCCCAGGAGGAAUCAGAUGGUAACUACAUAAUAGAACAGAAACCAUGAAGAAUGUAAAAAUCAGGCAGCUAGUUGAAAAAUUGUAUACGCUGCUUCUCCCUUCUGGUUCAGUGAUCUUGGAAGUUUGUUGUAGUUUUCUGGGAAAUGUGUGAACUGUGGGGGGGGGGUUGUUUUUUGGUUUUUUGGGGGUUUUUUUGUUGUUAUUGUUUUCUGUGCUUACUGAUGUAGGGAGGAGGCUGCUCUGGUGGUGAUGGUGACUGUUGAGGGCUGGUGAUCUCUGGAGGUUUUACCCACCUGGCGGAUAGACUUCUUUUCCUCGCCGCCCCUUGUCUUGCUCCAUCAUUGCUUUCCCCUUUCUCCUCUGACCCUCCUGAUCUGUUACACAAGUUCUCGCCUCCCUGUGGAAGUAGCUGGAAGCUGACAAGAAGGAGCAUGACUAGACCUGGCAGGUCCUCAGCAGCAUGAAUAAGAAACAGCCCCGGUAGCUGUCACACCAGCUGCUCUCUCUGCCCGUGGACUGGUUAGCUUUCCUGGCAUGUCAUGUACUUAGUACGGUUAUCCAGAAGAACUCAUCUUGCGUUUCUGCGACCCUGUGCUUGUGAGAGACGUGACCUUGGUAAGUGGGAAAGUAAUGGAACAGCUGAUCCCCAGACUCUUAGAGCUUCAGGAAAAGGAAAUGAGAAAUGACGUCCUGGCAUCCCGUGCCCUGUCAGGCAUUUUGCUGAGUCUUCAUAAGCCCUUCAUUAUCAGCUCCCCUUUUUUUGAUGCCCCAGGCGGCUCAGGAGGGAUCAGUGACAUUGUUGCAUCUCUUUCUUAUAGGUCCAGUGAGCUCCUGACAGCCACCCAUGGACUCCCAAAAAUCUCCCAAGGAAACGGUCCUCAUUACAGGAGGAGGUGGCUAUUUUGGUUUCCGCCUAGGCUGUGCUCUGAACCAGAAAGGAUUCCACGUGAUUCUGUUUGACAUCAGCAGCCCUGCUCAUUCCGUGCCAGAAGGAGUCAGGUUUAUACACGGAGACAUCUGCCACCUCGGUGACGUGGAGAAAGCCUUCCAGGACGCAGACGUCACGUGUGUGUUCCAUCUCGCCUCUUACGGCAUGUCGGGGCGAGAGCAGCUGAAUCGAAGCCUGAUUGAAGAGGUCAAUGUCAGGGGCACAGAGCACGUCCUCCAGGUUUGCAGGAGGAGAGGGGUGCCAAGGUUAGUCUACACUAGCACUUUCAAUGUCAUCUUUGGAGGUCAAGUUAUCAGAAACGGAGAUGAAUCUCUGCCUUACCUACCUCUUCACCUCCAUCCUGAUCACUACUCUCGGACCAAAUCUAUCGCGGAGAAGAAAGUGCUGGAGGCCAAUGGCGCCCCCCUGGUAACAAGGGAUGGUGUCUUGAGAACCUGUGCCUUGAGGCCGGCUGGCAUCUACGGGCCCGGGGAACAAAGGCACCUUCCCAGGAUAGUGAGCUACAUAGAGAGGGGUCUGUUCAAGUUUGUGUACGGGGAUCCUGGGAGCCUGGUUGAAUUUGUCCACGUGGACAACUUGGUCCAGGCUCACAUUCUGGCCGCAGAGGCCCUGACAGCUGCCAAGGGCCACGUUGCCUCUGGGCAGCCCUACUUCAUUUCGGACGGCAGACCUGUGAACAACUUCGAGUUCCUCCGGCCGCUGGUUGAGGGCCUGGGCUACAGGUUCCCAUCCAUCCGCCUGCCGCUGACCCUCAUCUACUGUUUUGCUUUCCUGACGGAAAUGGCUCACUUCAUUUUAGGCCGAGUCUACAACUUCCAGCCCUUCCUCACCCGCACGGAAGUUUACAAGACUGGCGUUACACAUUACUUUAGUCUAGAGAAGGCCAAGAAGGAGCUGGGUUAUGAGGCUCAGCCAUUUGACUUCCAGGAAGUAGUCGACUGGUUUAAAGCCAAUGGUCACGGCCGAAGUCCUGGGGGCCGUGACUCUGGGUGUCUUGUCUGGGAUGGGCUGAUGGUCUUCCUCUUGGUCACAGUGGUUCUCAUAUGGCUGCCUUCUCCUGUGACUCGGUCACUCUGAAGGAGCUAGAAAUACGGAGCCAAACGGAUCACACUUGUGGAGGUGGUUUUCAAGAAACACAGGCUUCAACAACGUAUCUAUCUCGAUCUAAAUAUAUCUACAUCAAUAUCUAGACAGGCAGAUAGAUAGGUAGAUAGAUAGGUAGGUAGAUAGGUAGAUAAAUACAAAUAGAUACCUGGUAGCAAAUUUUGGCUCCUCAAAUUGCUACUUAGGAAUAGAUUCUUGGAGGGGCAGCUGGGUGACUUAGUGGACUCUACAUCUCAGCUCAGGUCGUGAUCUCACGGUUUGUGAGGGAGACUG